AAUCCCAACUGUCACUAAUGUCAGAUUUUUCGCAAGAGAGUAUCGUAUGUGUGUUGUGAUUAUUAUUUUGCAAAAUAGGCUUUUAUUAUUUUUGAUUAAAAUUGUUAUAACUAGUUUGUGGAAUUAAGCUAUUGCGAAAUUUUAGUCGAUAGUGUUUACUCUUGUUAUACGGUGCCGUUGCACGUGUAAAUUCGUACGAACGCUGGACGGCCUCCUACUUUGUUCCUGUUGACCUGUGCCGCACUGUGAUUGUUUUAAAAGGUCACCUCAACGCCUGCCCAGCCUUAGUCUAUAAUCAUCACUGCCAACUAUUCCGCCCUGCACGCUGCGCGCUUAAUGCCGCCAUGCUAGACAAGAUUUAUAUUAAUUAUAAUAAGAAAGCUCAAGGAUAUAGAAAGUUCGAGAAGUACUGGCGCACGUGACGUCGACGGGAGCGCAAGGAGGGCGACAUGAGUCAGUCGCAGGACGAGGCCCGUGCGGCCAGGAUACAGAAGUAUAAGGAGGAGAGAAGAAAACAGCUCACGGCUAGAACAGCGACGCUAUUUUCUGCUAACGUCACUGAGAGGCGCCCGAAAAGAUCACCCGAACAGCCGCCUCCGGACGACGUUGCUUCUCAUCUCAAGUCUUCCUCGGAGCUAAAUCUUAACACAGCUUCAACUUCAGUGCCUAUUAGAACGACGCGUACCUCUCGUUUAAGAGCUGCUGCUGCAAAUCUUUCUGAUUCCUCGCCGUCUCCAAGAAAAUCCAAUAGAAGUUCAUCUGUACAGUCAUUACUUGAAGACGCCAAAACUAAAUCAGCUAAAAAUUCCAAGUUACUAGAUAGAGAUAAAAGAUCAAAUAGAAGACAGAGCAAUGAGAAAGAAAACUUUAAAAGUGCGUCUGCGACGCGCUUCGAUAAAGAUAUUGGUGCUAUUAAGACGAAAACUAAACAUUCCAUUAAUAAAAAUAUUUUAGAAAAAGACAAAAAUAAUUUUAUAGUGACUAGUCCUAAAGGAAAGAAUGCUGACGAAAAGCGCAGUUCUAAAUUAGAUGAAAGUAGGAGCAAAAAUUCCAUAAUCGAAGAAAAGAAAACGAAUAGUGAGAUAUACGAAAGAAAACACGAAAAACCUUUACGAGUCAAUAGUGAAGAAUUUUUUAACGAUAUUGUAAACGAAAAAGACUCAUCUAGUAUAGAUGACGAGAAAAUCGACGAUUUAUUUAAUAAUCUUGUUGUUGAUGAUGUUGAAAACCUGAAUGGUAUUGAAAUUAAGAUAAACGAUCAGCUUCUGGAUGAUGAUGGGCUUAAAUAUAGUCAUAAUAUUCCUGCCGCUGAUAAUAAAGCAAUAGAAGUUAAUAAUGUUGAUGUUUAUGUAGAAGAUAGUGUAGUGCCAAAAGUGAAAGAGGAUGUAGGAGGCUUACUAGGGGCUGUGUGUGUGCGCAAAGUGGAAAGGUUCAGUGAAUUGCUCAGCAACUUGUGUUCGCCUUGCGAGGCAGACAUAUUGUUUGAAGACAUCUUGGUCGAAAACGGAAUUGACGGUGACAAUGAUUCGCGUCCAAAUGGACCGGAGUGCACACCUCCGUGCAGGCGCGCGCAGCCGUCACCGCGCACUGCCAGCACGCCGAAACGAACUCUUGCGCAGCCUACCGUUAACACUGAUGCUGCUGGAAACGUUGCAAAACCAAGAAAUCGCCGACCCCUUGAAGCACCACACCCCAAGACUGAAAGCUCACUGCCGUCUUCCAAAGUAUCUCCUAAAACUACUUUAAAUUUAUCUUUCGGAAUCAAAUCGACUCCACUUAAGUCUUCGCCUUCAAAUUCCACUCCUACAAAGACUUAUGACAGGCGUCGUAGUCCCGAAUCGGUUUCCAAACCCAGUUGCAUACCUCUUUCCAAGAAAUCCGCUGAUAGAAAUAACCGUACAUCCACUUCACCGGUUAAGCAGGACUUAACUAGAGAUACAAUAUCAAGCAGAUCAAAAGCUGAAACACCUAGAAGUAGAACAACUCGCAAAAGUCCAGAAAAAGCCAAGAGUGAUACGGAAAACAAUCGUAUCGAUCGAAGACAUCGAGCUCAAAAAGAUAGUGAAAGUCUUAGCGAAAAAUAUCAUUAUUCAAAGAAAAGACUGACUAGUUUAGAAAAUAAUUCUCCAAGAAAAUCGAAUGAAACUAAAAACGUUUCUCCUAAAAAUCUUCUGAAUGGUACUUCCCGAGCAAAUCAAGAACCAAAUGUUAAUGCUUGUGGACUAGAAAAUUCUAAAAUUACGAAGAUGUCUACGCUUCACGAAACUGUUAGACCUCAUAGUUCUAGACUUUCCCAGGAGAUGGACAGCUUAGCUGCGUUGACUAAACAGACAUUAGAUAGGGUUAACAAAUUGUCGAAUAACUUAACUAGUAAUAAGAUAAAUUUAGACACAUCUGAGCCUCGUUUUGACUCCAUAUUCGCACCGAAAUCCGAACUAAAACAUACCAAUCACGCAUAUAAUUAUGGUUUACUUAGCGAAAGGCCAGUACAUAACAGAGGAGUAACAGAAAGGUUAAGAGAUAUAGACACGGCAGCUCAGAGACUGAUUGAUUUUGAAAAGCAGAGUGCAAUGUUUUCUGAUCUCAAUAACGAUACGUCUAGUCAAAGUCGCCGUCUUGAUACUUCGUCAACGUCCUGUAGUCAUACGCCUGUGUCUAUCUUAAAACGCAAAUCUAUUCACGAAGACAGUGCUGCAUCUAACACUACUAACCAAGCUAUAGCUUCUCCGCCAGUAACGUUUUCGCCCAGCGUUGUUGAACCAAGAAAUGGUCGAUCCGACAGUCGCCAACGACAAGGUAUUUUAAAGAAACGCCGAAGCCUAGACGAGUCCCAAGUAGCUCGGAGGAGGUCCUGCAGUCCAGAAGUAUCUUUCGCAGAAGAUGGUUCUUUAGAAACUAACAAGUCUAUACUGAAGAAUCGGAGAUCUUCAUUGGAGGAUGUUGUAAGGAACAGAUCGCCAGAUGGUCAAAUACAAGGGAUACUUAAAAGAAAAAUGAGCAGAGAAGAAGAGCAUCAUACUGACGACUUGUCUCAAAGCUCACCUGAACCCCAUGGAAUAUUAAAACGAAAGUCCAAUUCUAGUUCUAGUAGCAGCACUGCAUCAUCGCAUGUAUCUAUUGCUCAAGCUGUGUUGUUAGCAGCAGCGGGUGGUGCGGAAAUAGUGGAGGACGACAAAGAGAUUGUAAGACCUAUCCUAAAGAAAAAGAGUUUCUCAGAGGAGCGACCAUGCCCAGAUGUUGUCCUAUCCGAUACCCCCAAACCCAUACUUAAGAAAAAAUCGACCGAAUUUGAUGAUUUCGACUUCGACCUGCCUAAAAAACCGAUCCUUAAGUCGUCAAAAAAGUUGUCUGGAGACGAGGGACAUGCUUCUAGUUUCGAUUUGAGCGAAGACGACCGAAGCUCCCGAAGGCCUUCACUCCUACGCUCCAGGACUUCUGACCAUUCAGGAUCGGAAUGUGAAGCAGCUGUUAGACCUAUUUUGAAGCAGAGAGGUUCGAGUUUGACUAGGGAACGCAGCCAAUCGCCGCGCCCACGACUCUCUUUUUGCGCGGACAACGAUGCGAACAUUAUUAGUGUGACGAAUUUCAGUUGCGACGCGAACGACUUGUCGGCGGCUGGACCGCGACGAGUCUUGAAUCUCGCGCCCGCGCCCAACCCGGAAGAGAGUUAUCCGAGUGCAGUGCUCCGCCGGAGGAAUCUUCGACCGAAGACAAAUCCUCGCUCCAAGAGCCUCGCGUGUGAUGUGAACGAUGAAUUACUAUCUAUACUGAACAACCGUCGGUUAAAGGUUGAUGAGAACUGUGAAAACGGAUUUCGUGAACCCUGGAAUCACACGCUUGACAACGGAACUGCAGACGAAAAACCUAAAUCGUUUCCAUCGAUCGCUUCUAGAAUAAAGUCCAUGGAACAAGCCCUAACCAAGGACUUGUCUCCUAAAGAUCAGCCCUCUACUUCAAGAGCUAAAACUCGAGAUAAAGAACGUUACAAGACUCAACCCAUCACUGUGGACGAGAUGCGGUCGAUAACAUCCAGUUUGGAGCCGGGCCAAGCGCGUUUCCAAGCGUUCGGCCCCGCGGGCUGUAGUUUUCCGAGCCGACCCGUCGAGUCCGGUGUUGCUCCCUCUACUAGGGGCUCAUAUCCCCUACCGGGGGAACCCGAACGAGAUCCCUUCGCAGACUUCGCGCAAGCUUUGGAUUCGCCACCGUACGGCGUGAGCUCGUUCAGUGCUAAGUCCCCGACAACAGGGAACUGCUUUUCUGACGGCGGCAGUACCAAGGACGACAGCUACGGCGAAGCCACAUUUCUAGACUUCGAAAACAUCGCCGCGGACGCUGAGAGGAAUCAGUCGACGUUGGAUGAUAUAGAGCAAGAAGUGAAUAAAGUCCGUGUUGCGCUGGACGAGGACUGUCGCGCUCUGGAUGAAGACGAGCGCCAGCAGGCUGAGGCUGACAACUGGAGUUUGAAUGUGUCUUGUGAUAGCGGAGUGUACAACCGCGCUUCCUCCAGGGACUCCGGACCACAUUCUGGUGAAGAGCUCGGCUUGAUCGAGAGCCAAGAAAUAAGGGAGAAUCACGCGACCAACAGCAGUAGUAACGAGUGGUCUCCUUCGUCUAUCGAACGUGGUCUUCUCACCAUGGACCGUGAGAGGAAGUCCACUGAGACCGAGGCUCCCAGGAGCCCCGAGGAAGCAGGGAGCGAUGACGAGGGGAGGGAACCCACUGGCUUCGCACUGGGGCUCGUCAAAAGCAACAGUGUGGUCGCUCGCGCCAGCAUGUGGCAACAGCUGCAGCAACAGGCUAAAGGAACCCCGAAACCUCUGCUCCGUCACAGUCGCUCCAAGUUGAAGGAGGGACCUUCAGUGGCGGACAGGUUUAAGAGUCAGCCGAUAUCGUUCCCGGCAGCCGACGUGACGGCGAGCGAGCCCGCCGAACAACCCGCCCUCCCGCUCCCCCAGUCCAAGAGCGCUGCCAACGUGCUAGACAGGGACGAAGAUGCUAAGUUAGACGAAGACGAUCCGGCGAAGAUGUCGCUGUCGGAGAAGAUGAAGAUGUUUAACUCGAAGCUGACGCACAAGCCUCCCCCGAGCGGCGCGGGCCGGCCGCGCGAGGAGCGCGGGCGGGCCGGGCGGCUGCGCACCAUGCCGGUGUGCGGGCGCGUGCUGCAGGAGGCGCUGGAGCAGAACGAGCGCCUCACCAAGUCGCUCACGCACGACGACGUGCCGCGUAAUAAUGAUUUUCAAUUGAAAAUGGAGCUGUUCCGUUCGGCCAGCGCCAAGAACACCUCUUUAGAGUAUAUAAUGAGGCAGAACGCCAAGUUUAGGAGCUUAGACUUGGACGACGAUUCUCCGUCGGAACGAGCCCAAAGGAUGAUAACUCCUGAAGUCAGGGGUAUUCUGAAGUCGGGAUCCACUGUGGUCCCUCCAAGGCCGAAGACCUUGGCCAAGGGUGAAAGCUCAGAGGUUUGUACAGGCCUGAAAGACGAGGGCAUCGACAGUUCCUCAGAUGAAGAUUCAGUGUCAGCCUCAAGCGUGUCAUCAUCAGAAAAGAGCUGUUCUUCCUCAGACAGUUCCGACGAACUUCCAGACCCUAAGCCCAGGAGGUUCCAACGCAAACCCAACAAGCUCAAGGCUUCAAGAACUGAAUCGGACAUACCAAGACACCCCGAACCGUUCUCCUGCAAAAUCAAGCUACCAGGAGCUAAUGAGUUAAAAGAACGUCUCACGCAAGCGAAAAACCCAGACGUUAAAAUCCCAAUGCUGGCCAAACUUGGACGAAAACCUUCCGUCGAGGUCAAACAAGAAGAAGAUCAGACCAGAUACCGUAGAUUUGUUAAGAAACUAGAUGAGCCUAUCCAGUUGGGCAAGUUGAGAAGGCCUGCUGAUAAAGUGCCCCCGCCACCGCAAGAAGUGCCACCGCCAGUGUUAAAGAUAUCUGCGUUGAAUCAAGCGGCGAAGAAUAAGUUCUUUGGCUUAGAGACGGCCAAGAAGGAGAAGACCAUUGAUGAGCUGGCUGCCGCUGUCAGAAAAUACAUUCCACCCGUAAGCAAAUCCAUAUCGACGCACACGAUGGAGGUGCCGGGCUCCGGCAGCGACGGCGAGAGCAGCGGCGGCCGCGAGGUGCGACACAUCAACACCAGAGUGCGACACAGGGUCGGCGGUGGUGUGCAGCGGAGCGCCACACAUGCCGAAAUGCCGCACAAAGGUGGAGGCACUAUUGCCGAAAGGUUGGCGGCUCUUCACGCGGCGGGCGCAAACGAUUGGAGAGCGCGCGUCUGCCGGCUGAGCCCCGAGCGAGAGGACUCCAAGGCCAUCGAGAGAGCCAAGAAUAGGAUCAAUGAAUCUCUAAAUUCGGUAGAUGAUAAGAAGAAAAGCAUCGAUGACAACGAAAUAGGAACAACAAACAUUCUAGCAGAUAGAAGAAACAAAUUAGAAACAGCUGCACAAGGUUGGCGCAAACGAGUCCCACAAACCGACGCCUCUCUAUUCACGGUAGCGGGCCGGCUUGAGAGAGACAAGGUGGUAUCUGCCACUCCGCCCCUCACCCCGCCGCCGGCCGUCGCCCCCGUCAUCGCGUCGCCUGGGAUUCCUCCGCCUAAUACCUUCAAAUCUCGCAAGCAAGUAUCGCCGACGAACGGAUUCGCUUCGGGCCCACAUCGGUCGGCUUCGUGCGCCGUCGUGAGCGCCGCUGCAGUGGACAACAAGCCUAAAGAGAACAGGAUCGAUAGGGAAUCCUUUAAAAGAAGUCAUUCUGUCAGCGAGAGUAUUAGCAGGGUUGAUGAGAAAGAUGAGUCAUCAGGCGCGGAACGCACAGGCCAGCCGGUGCGGGUCCCGCGAGCUGAUGACGAGACCUUCCAAGCUUUCUUCACGCCGGCACUGCAGCAGGAACGACUGGCUGACACUGAGGGAGUCGAUGUAGAUCUCGACGCUAUUGACAGCGGGUCGAGGCAGUUAUUAGCAAGCGAGUGGUCUCGCCGCGCCCGCGUGGGUCGUCGUCACGCGGCGUCGCGCAACCCGCUGCGGGCGCUGGCCGCGCGCACCGACCUGCGCGACGAGUACGUGCCGCCGCCGCCGACCGUGCCCAAGCAUAACCAUGUGCUUGAUAAAAUAUCAAGUAACGGUGGCUUAGCAGCGGAAGCCCUAGCAGCACUAGCCAGUAAGGAAGACUUCUCAAACGUGUCGCUACGCAGCGCCGCCGCCGCGCCGCUCGCGCACGGCACCAAGCCGCUCAUGCUGCUGCAUGUUAAGGGACGGAGGAGGGUGCAGACGAGACUGGUAGAGCCGGUACACACGAGCGUGAACCGCGGCGACUGCUUCAUACUCAUCACGUCGGACCAGCUGUUCCUCUACAUCGGACUCUACGCCAACGUUAUUGAGAAAAACCGCAGUACCGACAUCGCCUUACACAUCCAAAACACUAAAGACUUGGGUUGCAAAAACUCCACCGGCAUCAUCAAAAUAGAUGAACAAAUCAAGAACUUCAGCAACAAACACUGGAACCAGUUCUGGUCACUCCUCGGCGUCACUGAAGGCAUUGAGAACUACAAACCUGUGGAAACAGGCCAUGCUGAUGAAGACGAAAUCUUCGAAUCUUGCAUCCUUCAGACCAACAUGUGUUACGAAGUCAUGGAUGAUGAACUCGUCCCCAUCAAAGAGUACUGGGGACAGGUCCCAAAGAUAGCCAUGCUCAACCAAACCAAAGUGAUCGUGUUCGACUUCGGAUCUGAAAUGUACAUCUGGUACGGCAAAAAUGUUCCCCUAGAGAGCAGGCGCCGAGCGGCACAACUUGCCCAAGAAAUGUUCGACGAAGGGUACAACUAUGAGGAGUGCCACAUCAACCCGCUCAAUGCAGCAAUGUAUCAAGGCGCAAGGGAUCCUUCCGACCCACCAGCGAAAGCCUCGAAAAGCCGACCAGAAUGGGCGAUCCUGUCCAAAAUCACUCAACAUAUGGAAACUAUUCUCUUCAAAGAAAAGUUCCUCGACUGGCCCGACUACUCCAGAGUCAUUAAAGUCAAAUCACCCGAAAAUAAAUCGAACAGCGUCGAAAUUAACCCUUGCGAUGCCGAGGAGAUGUGGUCGAACGAGUACCAGGAUCCAGAUCUCAUUUUAGAAGGAUCUCAUAUCGGCCGCGGCACGCAUUACUACGACAAAGAGAACAUGAGGCACUAUGAUAUCAAAACCAAAUCUGUAUGCAAGUGGGUGAUACAGGAGUAUGAUUACCAAAAAGUUGAGAACGAAUCAGAAAUUGGAGAGUUCUUCUCUGCCGAUAGUUACAUUAUAAGAUGGGAGUAUAUGAUCACGAUGACUGGUCGAGAACUGAACGGGAAACCAUCUAAACAUAACGUUACUGGCAGAGAUAGAUGCGCUUACUUCUGUUGGCAAGGCCGGGACGCCAGCUCAAACGAAAAGGGUGCUGCAGCCUUACUUACUGUAGAAUUAGACAGGGAAAAGGGACCUCAAGUGCGAGUGGCCCAAGGGAACGAACCUCCCGCCUUCCUAAACCUCUUCCAAGGCAAUCUGGUCAUCCACCAAGGGAAACGGGACACAGAUAAGAGUCGAUACCGAUUGUUCGUGACUCGAGGCAAUCUUUCUAACGAGGCUUACUUACUUCAAGUGCCGUGCUCAGUGCGACAGCUGCGAAGCCGAGGCUCCUUGCUGCUAGUCGACACUGAGAAGAGUUGCUUGUACAUCUGGCACGGCGCGAGAAGCAUGAAGCAUACUAAGAACAUUGCUAUUGAGUUGGCGAACAAGUUGAUCGCGAGGAAGUCCAGUUAUCUCUUCGGGAAUGUGUCUGGUGUGAAGAUUGUGGAGGUUAAGGAGGGGGAGGAGCCUCGGGAGGUGCUAGAGGCUUUGGGCGUGGCCAACAAGCAGCAGUGGAUGGGAUUGGUGGGCAAGGAGUGCGGAGGGGAGGGGACGGCGAGGCUGUUCCACUUCACGGACCUGGGGGGACAGUUCGAGGCUAACGAGGUGUUGUCGCCGCUGCGUCACGAACAUCUGGCGACACCCUUUCCUUUUGAUCAAAAGGAGUUGUAUUCGGCUUCGCAGCCAGCCCUAUUCCUACUGGACGACGGCGCCUGUGUGUGGCUGUGGCAGGGCUGGUGGCCGCCGCAGGAGGACGGGGAACUGGAGCCUGCCGAGAGAAAUGCCGGUGUAGGCGCAUUCGCGUCUCGCUGGCAGUCUCUCCGAGUGGCCGCUCUCCGCACAUGCGCGGCGUACUGGCAGGCGUCGCGCGGGUGUGGCGCGGCGGACGUGCGGCUGGUGGCGGCGGGGCUGGAGCCCGCGCGGUUCACGCACCUCUUCGACACCUGGGCCGACCACGAUCAGGCUGCCGAUGCUAAUAUCAACCACGGCUACAAGGCGGGCGAGAUAAUCCCCGGCUCCUGCGAGCUGUCGCGGCUGACGUGCUGCGACGCGGUACUACCGCUCGCAGCGCUGCAGCGCCGUCCGCUGCCCGACCACGUCGACCCGCACCAUCUAGAGCGGCAUCUGUCGCCCGCUGACUUCCUGGAGGCUUUCGGCAUGACCAAAGAAGAGUUCUCAGUGCUCCCGGCGUGGAAGCAGACCAACAUGAAGAAGGACGUCGGUCUGUUCUGACGCGCUACACAACACAUACUACACACAUUUUGUACAACCGCAGCUCUUUCGUACUUUUUUACUCAACCAUGUCGUCAAUGGAUUUGAUACAAUUAUUGUUAAGAGCACGCUUAUAUUCUAUAGUAAAAUAAAUUUGUACUAACGGUAUGUAUGUACCUAACGAUGUAUUCGCGCUCGUGAUAUUUUCAUGUAACCGCCGUAGACGAUAGCCAAGUAGUCAACUGAUGGAUUUGGACGCAGGAAUUGUUAGACGGAGCUCGUCACACCCGCGCCCGCAUCUAAAUGUUUGUAUAUAGUCGUUUUAUUUGAACUAUUUAUUUCGUAACUACCAUUUGUCUCGCUAUUAUCGAUUAUGAUGUUUCAUUAUGAGUUUAUGUUGUAAAAUAUUUUGUAGUUUUAAUUACCUUUUUGAUUGUCCCAUGUUGGCGCGGAUGUGGCGAAAUAAAAAAACUGGUGAUAUUUUUCGAUUCGACUGUAAGAUACGACCGCGCAGUGCGUCGGUAGAAGAGAGUAGUUUUGCUAAUGCUAAUUAAAUGUUUUUUAAAACCGCUCAUUGCUCGGUCGUGUCGAUCGCGGAACGUUUUAGCAAAUGUCUGGUCAAAGUAUGGUUAUUUGUUAUAAACCGCUAGAUUUACACAAGUACUUUACUACUAUUGUAUUCGCUUUAGGGGUAGGCUUAUAUAGUUCUGUGGCGGUUGGAAUUGUCUGCUGAUCGUGACUUGUGAUAUUGUUCGUUUGCGUUAACUCGUGCUAAUGUUAACAGCGCUAUGCGUUAUUCAAAUUGUUAGUAAGUAAUUCCAGUGCCACAGAGCAACUAUUAUGUAUAUUUUAACACAUCACAUAUCUUAUCUACUCAUUGCAUCUUUUAUACUGUGCGUUAGGUGGACCAUGAUAAAGUUUUAAUAUAUAAUCUUACGGUAUUCCGUACGUGCGGCUUGGCUUCGCGGCUCUGUACUCGAACACGUACUUGACUAUAAGGAUAUUUGUAAUGGACUUUGUGUUGCUAACAGAAACAUUUGACUUUAUAAAUUAUCGGUAGUGUUGUGUCAGCCGCGGUACCCGAGUGCCGUCGGUCACACAAUCACCGCUCAGUCUAUUUGUACUUUAUUUUUGAAGCUGUUGGUAUGUUGUGUACAAUUUUAGAAGUUUAUUUUUUAUAUUCUAGCUUAUUGCUUAUAGUGUGGGACGCACCACGACUAUCUGGUUCGCGGAGGAGAAAUUGCCAGUAUUGUAAGAAUUUUACUGCCAAUGAGUAGAAUAACUCUAACAAAACAGUCAUACUUUAGUUAACUAAAUACCAAUAUAAACUUACUUUAUGUCCUAAAUGCAUUUACGGCCGACAUUAUCGUGGCCUACGGUGACAUGAACAUCUCAAAUCCAAUUUUUAAUAUUUUGCUUUGGUUGUGUUACUUAUACCUAAAUAAUUAUUGUAUUUGAGGAUUAUUUUGUACUAUAAUAAAUGAUGUAAUAAAUUCUUAAAAUUGA